AUGCCCUCAAUCAGUGACGAGAUGGGUCAAUGUGGAAGGCCGGGUACAUCACCAUCUGCUUGCACAGGAGACGUGCAAGCGGACUUUAGGAGCCUUGCCCUCGACAGACCGUCAGAGCAGGGUAAAGGGACGUCGGAUGAGCACAUUACUGCUGCUGACUUCCGACACGAACGAGAAACUUUCACAUCUAGUGACACGAGACAAACUGCUAACCUGGCAGUACAGUUGAACGAGUCCCUCGAGAUGGUUUUGAAAGAUCCUGACAGAAUCCGAGGACGAAACGAUGACGCUUCCUGGAGCCAGGCCGUCAAUGAGGAUGACGAUGACGAGGAAGAGAUGCGUUUGAGGGCGGAAGAAGCACAGCUGAACAAAGAGAUCGAGGAGAUCCGACAUCACCUCUUGCUCCGAGCUCAUAAGUUGAAAACCGAGAAGAAUAACCGAUUCAAGCAUGUCCAAACCAUUGCAAAACUAAAGGAAGAUGUCGAAUCGCUAGAGGAACAAGAGCGGGAGGCCGAAGCGCAGUAUCGAGAAGGUCUCGCUCGCAGCAGCAGUUGGUGGAACCCAGGACGGUCCCUCUUUGGAUCGACAGCUGAGCCUGAAGCUGAACGACGCGAGAGAGAUGAAACCCGCGCCGAACGAGCACGAGUGAUCGAGAUAAAUAACAUCCAAAUCGAGCACCACGCCAACGCGCUCUCCCAUUUGGACGACAGUCUCACCAAGACCCGUCAGCGAGUGAGAGAGUUGAAGGCCACCCAGCGGGGGCUUCUCGCGAGGAAGGGGCAAAUACUUAGGGCUAGGAAGGGGACGGGGGCAGGUGGGAGAAAACGUCGACGGAGCGAGGGGGGCGGGGGGGGAAGAGGUUGA